UUUUGUCUUAGCAAACUCACAUUUUCAUACCGAUCAAAGGAGGAAGAAGACCUCAAAGUUAAGAUGGGCAUUAUUAAGCCCCUAGUGUCUGAAACCCUACACCUCAUCGCGGAAUUCAUCCAGGAGGCUGAAGGGGCAGAGUUGGUGAGUGGCCACAGUCUUACCUACCAGCUGAGUGAGGAAGAGGCCAGCUAUAGCAUCCCAGCAUACAUCUUGAGCCUAGAGAAGCUGAUAUCCAAUUUGAAGACUAUUGUUCUCAACUUGAAGAGCAAGGCAGCAUCACCGUCCAUAAGUAAUGUCCACCAGUCGGAAGUUUCCUCUGACAAUGAAAGUUCUGAGGAAUCUCAAGAGAGUCCUGGUGAGGGAGGUGAAAUUUCAGGAAGCCAGAUGUCCACCACUCCACAGUAUACACUUCCUGCAGCAGACAUCAAGGCUUCUCUUGACAAGCAUUCAGCACUGGACACCAUUGUUGAGGAUGCUGGCAAUGCAACAAGCAUGGUGCUGCCCCCAAACACCAUCACCUCCAUUCCCUCAUCCAGCACCUUACAAGAGAGCCUGCUUCCUACAUCUUUCCCUACUACCUUCCCCACCUCAGAACACCAGCCACCACAGAUGAGAAGCAUGACAGACCCAACUAUGAUCCUUGAGGGCCCUGUGAAUGUGGAUCAGUCAUAUGCCGAUGCUACAAGGAACCAGGAGGAUCUUGGGCAGUUUCCCUCUUGUAUUAAGUGUGGGGAAAGCCUGUCUUCUGAAGGUGAGGCAACUUCAUCAGGUGGCAGUGGAGUUUUGGACACCUGUUCCCAAUGCUCCAGUAUUGCAGAUUCUGUGUCAAAGCGCAGAAGACGAAAAACUACACAAGACGACACAUCUGGUCUGGAUUCAUCGGGUGGGGACAGCAAGGCACUGGAAAGCUCAUCCAAGAAACACUCAUGUGAAAAGUGUGGAAGAGUGUUCUCCAAGUGGAAGCAUCUGUCCAUUCAUUAUACCAAGGUACACAUGGAUGAGGAUGGUGGUGAAGCAGGAAAUUCUGAACUGAUGAGCAGCAACACCCUCCCUCUGUACUGCUGCAAGACCUGCAACCUGGCCUGCCUCUCCAUGAACUCCUUCAACACACACAACUGUCGUUUGCCAACGGAUGAUGACAACCAGGCCUCCACUCUCUCAAACAGGAUCUUAAUCACUAAUGUGCUGAAGCUACACAAGCUGCGGAAGUUUGUGUGUGAGGUGUGCGGCGUGGAGUACCGGACCUUCAAGCGCAUCACGUACCACCUGCCCCGCUGCUCCCCUGGGCUACCCUGCAAUGUGUGCACUCUCAUGUUUGCCACUCAGAAGGAACUCAACUACCACAAGAGGAAGAUGCAUAAAGAUGAAAAGUGCUUUGUGUGUGAUGAGUGUGGGAAGUCGUUCCAGCGCAGAACAUCACUACAGAAGCAUGCCAUCAACUGGCAUGAGUCAAGCAGUGCUGUGGGGCCCUUCAAGUGUGAUCUCUGUCCAAAAAAGUUCAUUCGUAGAAUAUACUUAACAAACCACAAGCUGAGGAUGCAUGGUCUAGACAAGAAGUUCCUCUGUCAGGUUUGUGGUAAUAAGUUCAUGACUCAGAACUCCCUGAUGACCCACAUGGAGGUGCACAGUGACCAGAAGAGAUUUGAAUGUUCCUUCUGUAAAAAGAAGUUCAAGAGGAAAGAGAAGCUGAAGUACCAUGAAAGGAUACACACUGGUGAGAGGCCCUACCAGUGCCAGCUGUGUUCCCGUGGGUUUGUCAGCAAGACCAAGCUGGACGAUCACGUCAGCCGCCACCUCGGUGACCGGCGGUAUCGCUGCUCCUUCUGUACCAAAACUUAUGCUGGAGCCUACGACCUCAAGCAGCACAUCAGGAAGGUGCAUGACAAGCCAUGUGACAAGGUGGCUGUGACUGUUGUGGCUCCAAGCCAGACCAGCACCAGCAGCAACAAUCUCACACAGGUGCAGGUUUUGGAUCCCCUAGCCAUUGCUACAGCUGCUUCAGGCUUGAAGGAAGAGGAGGUGGUGACCUGUGGGAGCAACACCAGCUCUCUCCCACAGCCUCAGGGCAGCACCUCACUACCCACACUGGAAGAAGUUGGAGGUGGCAUGGUUGGGGGUGGGCAGUACAUCACCAUGAGUGGGCAGCAGACAGUCACCAUUCCUGUGGUGGGCAGUGUGCAGGGACACAUCCCCUCCAUUGGUCAUGUGGUGCAGGUGUCAGGUUCCACUGUCCCACUGACUGGGGUGGGAACAGCUCUUGGCACUGGAGGAACAUCAGUCCAGACGGUGCAGGCGGUGCAGACCAUACCAGGCGUCACCACCACUGAGUACUCUGUCCAGACACUGCCCCCACAGGCAGUGCAUGCCCCUCAGGGUUACAUCUUCACACAGGGCUUUGAUAUGGUUAGUGGUACAUUGCAGUACUGAAAGAACACUGAGUCACCCAAGUUUUGGGUCUUGGGGAAUUGUUUUGUGGAGACUUGAAUGCUCCUGGAGUGUCAUAUCAGUUUUAGUUCUAGUCUGUCCUGUGCCAGAGAACCAGGAAUACUAGUGAGGCCUUGAUGAAAAUUAUAGUUAAACUAUGUAUUAUAGUCUUUAACACUAUGUAUUUAUUCAUACAUAUGUAAUUUAUCAAAUUAUGUUUCAGUAAUAUAGUAGAGCAAACAGUAAAGAUCAUUAAAUUUGUCUUGGAUGACAAAAGAAACAUUGCUUUCCUAGCAAGGUGGCUGGUACAAAGGUGUACAGCAGCUGUGAGCCACACACUGCUGCUGAGCCAUCCACCUCCUUGCUACAGCAAAGAAAUAUUUACUUUGUUCUGAAAUGAUGAAAUCACCAUGCUGGCAAUUUACUCUUUCAUUUUAUGCUCAGUUUUAUUGCAUAUUUAUUUGAAUCUAGUCAAAUAUUGGCAGAUUUUGUUGAAAUUUGUAAUAUGAUGUGAUGGUCUUGAGUUGCAGUGCAAACUGUAGCAACUGUAGAUCAAGGAACUUUAAGCAGGAGUUGCACUGAGCAUGUCAUAUGAGCAUUUCUAUUGUGUAAUUGCACCUCAUGUUUUGUACAAAUAUGUAAGCAGUUCAUGGUGACUGCUGGGCUGUUUGUAAUGUGAAUCCAGACCAACCUGAACAGUGAAGAUUGUGAGAGUGCAGUGAGGUGAGAAUGGACUUCCAGAGGAGGGAUGUAAGAUGUGAUGGUGGUGGUGAAGGACUAUCUUUUAUAGUUUCAUUUUCUUGAGUUAAUAUUUUAUGCCAUAAAUGAGACACAAAAUGCACAUCUGCAAACAUUUGAAUACUAUACUAAUUGUGUGUGCAAUAUUCAUGUAAUUACACAUACUACAACCAAUUGUACACUUUCUUUCUUUUUAUAAGCAUUUACUUAUUUAUUUUAUUCAUUUAUUUAUUUAUUUCAUGCUCUAAAUACUCUCCCCACACUGUUACAGUGAACACAUCAUGUCGUCUGUGUGCCAAGCAUUCCUACAUAUGGUGUGUAUUGUGUUUAUAAACUUCAUACACUGUCCUUAUACUUCCAUAUUGUCAGGGGUCAAUCUGGUAUGCUGCUUUAUAAGUUUUACAGUUUUUGUGAUGGAAAUGUUGCCUUAAGUCCAACUGAUGUAGGAAUGGCAUUAAUAAUGUAGUAUUUAGUAGUAAACACUUGCAUUGGGUUGUGAUAUGGGCCCUAAUAUGGGUACCAUUAUGAAUAAAAUUGCCUACGCCACUAAUGGGCGAAUGCUUAACAGCGAUUCCAAUGCUCUUCAAGUUACCUACAGGCGCUAUUGGCCAGGACAUAAAAAAAAAAAAAAAAAAAUACCACUCAUCAGUGACACGCCAUGAAUUGAGAUGUGGCAAACACCUUCCAUGGAUUUAUUGAAACAUGACAUUCUUUCUUCGUAGGUGAAAUUUUAUGAACUGAAUCACAUUUCACUAGGAUUUUAUUAAAAAUCCAUAGGUAACUUUUGUGAAUACCUUGAAAACAGACAGACAAACAAGUGAAUACAUAAUUUCCGUCAACUUAUCUUAGUCAGUGUUGGCAGAGGUGGUGUCGAAGGUAGGUACAGUAGUAUGGCGCUCAUGGGUGGCAACACUGAGUGCAAGCUUUGGUAACACUUAUGUAAUUACUAUCAGAUAAUGCCGGUGACACAACCUUAGAGGAUAUGGCAAGACGAAUUUUGCAUGAGUGUAACAAUUUGAGUAGUAGGAGAUUGCAGCGCAUGCAAUGAAAUGAACCAUGUAUCACGUCAUGUAUUACAUUUGCAUCACUAUCUACAUGACAGCGAAUAUAUGUAUGGCAUACACCACUAACUUAUCAUUGUCAACUAUUAUUUGUAGAAUCAGCAUGUCUUAAAAGGUUUGUGAAUUUCUUACAGACUGUAUAUACGCAUAAGGAGAAAAUAAAUUAUAUUUUACUAUA